AUGGAUAUCGACGACGAAGACGAUUUCUAUGCCCCCGAGGAGCCUCAAGCUCCCGCUGCGCAACCCGAAGCUCCACCAACUGCACCCAAGAAGGAGCCGAAUGAGGAACUCGAAGAGGGGGAAGAGGAGGACGAAGGAGGGGCCAUGGACGAAGACGAUGAUUCAGUUGGUUCCCCUAUCCGGAGAGAUAUCGACAUCAUCACCGAACGGAAAGACAGCUCCAAACCUGCCCCUCCACCGCAAUCACGCUAUAGCGAAAUCAAAAACAUCCCCCAGCGCUCCGCCUCCUCCGAAACAGCCUCCAUCAAACCCACUCAAAUAAAGCGCGAAUCGCCCCGCCAACAAUCCGCAACCGCCACCAGCAACAGCACUGCUCCCAACACCACCAUCACCGCAGACGCCCACCCGCCGGUCUCCACCUCCAAAAUAGACGUCAACGCCAUCCCGAUCCACAAACCAACAGGCAAACCGCUCACGCAAGUCAGCAUCGACGAGGACCUGCCGGACAACGACAAGCCCUGGCGCAAGCCGGGGGCCGUGCUCAGCGACUACUUCAACUACGGCUUCGACGAGUUCACGUGGGCGCUGUACGCGCAGAAGCAGGAGGCGCUGCGGGGCGAGUACAACGCGGAGGCGAUCGCCCAGAGUAACAAGAAGAUGAUGGAGGAGAUGACCAACCUGAUGAUGAUGGGCGGCAUGCCGGGGCUUGGGGCGCCGGGCGGCGGGAUGCCUGGUGUGGGUGUGGGUGCGGCUGGUGGUGCCGCGCAGGCAGCGAGCGGGCAGGGUGGGGCGAUGAUGCCGCCUGGCAUGGAGGGCCUGUCGCCUGAGAUGCAGGCGAUGAUGCAGCAGAUGAUGGCGAGUGGCAUGGAUCCGAGCCAGAUGGAUAUGGGCGCCAUGGCGGGUCAGGUUGUAUUGUAUUAA